UGUCCGGUCAGUCUAUCACCAUAACAGGACCAAGUACCUUGGAAACACCAACAUCAGAACUCAGACUUACCUGUACUCCAAGCUCAGCCGGUAUCACAGAUAUCAGUAUUAUUGGUCUUCUGAGAAAUUCUAGCUCUACAGAUUAUCAAACAGUAGUGUCUGUUAGAUAUAGUAAAGCCACCUCAUCCUCAGUAAUCAGCUGGGGUAACGUUGUCAGUCAGAGCAGAGCGGGGGUGUCAGCCACAGGAAAUGUGGACACGUUAUCUGGAGCUCAGCUUGUGUUUACAAUUGCCACAAAUAGGACAAACUGUAAUGAUGGCGGAGCUUACCGAUGUUCUAUGGGAGUCACUCUGACUGGUGGUAGUGGUGGUGUAGCGAUAGCUGAAAAAUAUAUCACAGCUAAAGUUCAACCGAUAUCCACUAACGACAUGACCGUGUUUCCCUUCCCCAAUGUGGAGAGUGUAUAUUACUCCGUGGGAUCCUCGCUUACAUUCACAUGUACUGGCACUGUAGGAAGUGACAAAAAACCCCACACAUGGUGUUACAAGCGUGCCACCGACCAAGGAUAUACUGGUUUCACGACUGCAGCUGACAUUAAUCAGAAUGAUAACGGUUUGAUACAGUCCGGGUGUAACUACCAACGUACCAGUACACUUACCUACAAUGUGACAAAUGACGACACCAACACCACGUUUAUGUGUGAACCGUUCACUGGAACUGUGUGUGGCUCAAAUCCAGCUUCACUCAUAGCAUACAAAUCCAUCAGAAGAUACGAACCUACAACUACGACGCCUGCUUUGGCUCCAAAAACAGAUGACGUCACACCCUGGAUCAUCGUCGCUGUUAUAUUCAUCAUGGCGACUGUCGUCCUCAGUAUCAUUGUUGCCUUCCUCUGUCGUAAAGUAUUAGAAUAUAAAGAACGUUUACAUCAAAGCGUUAAUUACGAGGUGGUGAACAGUGGAUUUUCAGGAAAUGAUGAGCACGUGUACAACACCACGGACAAUUACGAAAUACCACAAAUAUAGAAUAAACAAUGCAGUUACGAUGUGUGGAUAAUCGAACUAAGUGUA